AAGCGAAGAACAGACCAAAAAAAAAAAGCACAGUGUCUGAUCUGAUUGCAGAUCGUGCUCACGCGCGAAUUGAUCGCCGGAGGUGAUGUCGGAGGAGAUGGCGUCGAAGAAGGUUGUUGCCAACGGAUCGGAGAAGAGCGUGUCGGGAAAUCUCGGAAGCAGCGGCGUUCUCGGCGAUCGGAAUGAUGGCGGAAGCAGCAUCGGCCACAGUUCUGGUGUCGGCGAAGGAGGAGAGGGAGGGGUGUUCGAGUAUUUCGGGCGGGUUUAUCAUUUGGGAACAAAUUCGAUCGGGCAUGAGUACUGUCAUCUGAGGUUCUUGUUCAUAAGAGGGAAAUAUGUGGAGAUGUACAAGAGGAAUCCUCACGAGAACCCCGGCAUUAAACCUAUAAGGAGGGGUGUCAUAGGACCCACAAUGAUGAUAGAAGAGCUGGGAUGCCGCAAAGUUAAUCACGGGGAUGUCUAUGUCAUAAGGUUCUAUAACCGAUUGGACGAAACAAAAAAAGGGGAAAUUGCCUGUCCUACUGCUGGGGAAGCCCGCAAAUGGUUGGAGGCUUUUGAGCAUGCUAAACAGCAGGGUGAAUAUGAGCUGACAAGAGGAGGAAGCACAAGAAAUAAAUUAAACAUGGAAGCUGACAUCGAUCUGGAAGGACAUCGGCCUAGAGUUAGGCGUUAUGCUCGUGGGUUAAAAAAGCUUAUGAAGAUUUGGCAAGGUAAGGUGCCAUGUCCUGAAACACUUUUGAGGCAAUCCUCUAGCUUGGUUAACGAUGGUAGGGGAGAUGGUUUCUAUGAAGGUGACAAUGGAGAUGCAAUUGAAGCACAUGAAUGGAAAUGUGUUCGUACUAUCAAUGGCGUUAGGAUUUUUGAAGAUGUAGCUAACUACAAGGCUGGAAGAGGGGUUCUUGUAAAAGCAGUUGCUGUAGUUGAAGCAAAUGCAGAUGCUGUUUUCGAAGUGAUUUUGAAACUUGACAAGCAUCAAAGAUAUGAGUGGGAUGCAUUUACAGGUGAUCUGGAACUGGUAGACUCAUAUGAUGGCAACUAUGAUGUUGUUUACUGCACAUAUGAUCCUAAGUAUCUUUCACGAUGGCAAUCAAAUAGAGAUUUUAUUUUCUCUAGGCAAUGGUUCCGUGGGCAAGAUGGAACAUACACAAUCUUACAAUUUCCAGCAACACACAAGCAAAGACCUCCAAGGUCUGGAUAUCGACGCACGGAAAUUACUCCAUCCACUUGGGAAAUUAGAAGCUUGAACACACCUGCGGAUACAGAAACUGCAAGAUGUCUUGUAACACAAAUGCUUGAAAUCCACUCUAAACGCUGGUGCAAAUGGAAGAACAGUUACUACUCAAAGUUUGAAAAGACUAUCCCCUAUGCAUUACUCAUCCAAGUUGCAGGUCUUAAGGAGUAUAUCGAAGCAAACCCAGCAUUCAAGCAUGAAACUUCUGCCACAGUUGUCAAUUCAAGGUUGUCAGAUCUUUCAACUAGUGAAUAUGAAGAUGAAGAUGCGGAGGAUCAGUUCUAUGACGCCACAGACUCCUCCUCAGAUGAUGAGGAAAGUGAUGAGGAUGACGACGAACAGGAAAAAAAGGAGAUAAAAGUGAAACUGAAGAAUGUAUCCUGGGCAAUCGCUAGCUUAUCUUUGAAGCAGCCUAAAGCUCCAUGUGCAAACAACGAGUUGGAUGCUUGUGUUGAUCCUGUGACCAUCGAUCUAAGUCAGUUCCAAGGAUCCCUGCAGAAAGGGUUGGAUGACAAAGAUUCAAACUGCUGGUGUUCUCCUAGUGGCAUGGGGUUUAUGAUCAGAGGAAAAACUUAUUUAAAAGAUAAUGCAAAGGUGAUGGGUGGGGAGCCUCUUCUCAAACUUAUAGCAGUAGAUUGGUUUAAAGUUGAUAAAGCCGUAGAUAACAUUGCUUUGCAUCCCAAGUGUCUUGUUCAGUCCGAAGCUGCGAAAAAACUACCGUUCAUCCUCGUCAUCAAUCUCCAGAUUCCAGCAAAACCCAACUAUUGUUUGGUCCUAUAUUAUGCUGCUGACAGGCCGGUAAAUAAAUCUUCAUCGCUGGGAAAAUUUGUGGAUGGGAGUGACACGUAUCGAGACUCGAGAUUUAAAUUGAUCCCAAGCAUUGUUCAGGGAUACUGGAUGGUGAAGCGGGCUGUUGGAACAAAAGCUUGCUUGCUUGGUAAAGCCGUAACCUGCAAGUACCUGAGGCAGGAUAAUUUCUUGGAGAUCGAUGUAGAUAUUGGAUCAUCAUCUGUUGCAAGAAGUGUGAUCGGUCUUGUUCUUGGAUAUGUCACAAGCCUGAUUGUUGAUCUUGCCAUCUUGAUCGAGGGAAAGGAAGAAUCGGAGUUGCCAGAGUAUAUUCUCGGUACGGUUAGGCUUAACCGGAUUAAACCAGAUUCUGCCAUGCCAUUAGAGGGAUGAAACUCUGCAUUUACAGAUUUGCAAUGCAAUCGUUACAAGAAAUUCAAUCUUCAAAUUCGGUAUCACAAAUCUUCAAUAGCUUCAGCUUUUAAUUAAAAAAAAAAGAAGAAAUAAACACAUUGGCUAAAAAAAGAUGUUCUUUAAGAAGGUUGUAUCAUCAAAUGCAUCUACUUAUAAGCUACUCUUCCAUUGUUGCAUAACCUUUUUUUUUUUGGUAAAACAUUUUUUUUUCUGUUUUGACUUUUACUGUAUUAAACUUACGACCAAUGAAAUUCCAGAAUUACCCCUGUUUA